AUGCAAUACGGUAGCGAAGAAGAUCAUUUCGAUAUUUGCUAUGCAAUUAGUAAGCAGGAUGUGCGUACAAUCCGAGAUCUGAUAUCUAAAAGAAUUGAUAUCAAUGCUUCCAACUCGAACGGUUACACUCCGCUUCAUUGUGCCGUCCUUCAUUUUGGAAACUUGCAUGUGAUAGAAGCGCUGCUCGACGGAGGCGCCAAUGUCCAUAUAAGGAAUGCAAGAAAUAAUUCACCACUUCAUCUUGUCAUUCAGAACGACAAUAUAGAGGCAGCAUCGUUACUCAUAACGAGAGGAGCUCUUUUUGGAGAAGAUUUGAAUUCAUUAAUAAAUAUGGCCAUUUAUAAAAACAAUGAAAUAAUAACAAAAUUAAUUAUCGCCAAUGGAAUACACGAGAAUCCAUCGGUCAAUUUGUUCAUUUCUCUCAAAGCUGCUAUUUUAAAAAGAAAUUGGGUGAUUAUUAAAGAUAUUUUACCUCACUGUGGAUUUUCAAAACCAUGUGAUUUAUACAUUCCAAGAGAAUUAGUGGUAGAUUCCGAUCCACGAUGUAGUGAAUGUCUUGAAUUGUUGUUUAAAUGGAAUUUUACUUUUGAUCCAAAUAUUUAUCACGAUGAAAAUUUUAUUUAUGGAGCUAUUGAAAAUGGACAUCUAUCAGUGGUUGAAAACUUUUUAAAAUCAGGAAUUAAUGUUAAUAUGGUGAAUUCAAAAACAACACUCAAUCUAUUGACAAUUGCUUACAUUUUAUUAAGACAUGGUGUAAAAAUGAAGGAUUAUACAGAAUUGUUUAAUUUAACUUGUAUAGCAGCAAAAAAUGGUUGUGAAGAAAUCGUUCAAAUGUUUUUGGAGCAUGGUGUUCAGGCAACUGAUGUUACUUUUCAUGGAAAAAGUCUUUUACAUUACUGUAUUCAUUCAAAUCAUUCCAUAGAUAAUGACGAUCGUUAUGAAAUUGCUAAACUACUGAUAGAAAAUGGAGCAGAUAUACAUCUCCGGAUUCCAGGCAACUCACUUGUUUAUCAAGCAAUAAGCCGUCGACUUUAUAAUAUUGCUCAACUGUUUGUAGAAUAUUAUGCUGAUGUUCAAUAUAUCAGUUUAACUGGUGAAACGUCACUUUGUAAAGCCAUAAAACAUAGUUUGGAUGUAAACUUUAUUAAAACUUUGUUGGAACUUAAUUCAUCAGUUCAUACAAUAAAUAAUGAGGGAGUGACACCACUUCAUAUGGCUUGUUCUGUAGAAUCAAUAAAUCAACCAGAAAUUAUUAAAACACUUUUAGAUUACAAUGCAGAUGUUAAUUUGACUGAUUGUCGUUCAGACACACCGUUACACAUUGCAUAUCGAAAUGAAAAUCUACAAGUUAUUGAGUUGUUACUUAAAAACGGUGCUAAUUUUCAUAUUCCGGAUGACAAAGGUCGAACUUUUCUUCAUCAUGUUAGCAAGAAUUGGAAUCUCCAGACUGCAAGAAAGAUGGAAUUACUACUAGAGUAUGGAGCAGACAUUGAAGCGAUUGAUAAUCAUGGUUGGACACCACUUUCUCUUGUUUGUAAUCACAAUAAUCAUAAAGCUAUUAAAUUUUUUUUAAAACAUGGUGCUGAUCCCAAUCAUACCGAUUCAAAAAAUCGAACACCUCUGCACAUUGCUGUUAAACAGGUGUAUGCACAAAAUAUUUAUUUUUAUAAGCCCUAUAAAUCAAUACCAUUGUUAAUAAAAUAUGGUGCAAAUAUCAAUAUUCUGGAUAAGAAAAAUAGAACUCCACUUCAUUAUGCUAUUGAUAUGAUGCAGAAUUGUAAUGAUUCUUCAAGACAUGCUCAAGUACGCCGCAGAACCUAUGAGUCAAUAAUUAAAGCUCUAAUAUCACAAGGAAUAAAAAUGAAGACUGCAGGACUAAAAGUGAUAAAUCACAAUACAAAUGGAGUUUUUAAUUCUGAAGACUACAUAGUGAUCGAGAACGUCAAGUAUUCUGUGAUCGACAUGCUCAAAUUUGAUGUAGUUCCCGAUUCUGAUGGCAAAAUCAUCACAAAUGCCGAUGAUUCAGAUGAAGAAGACACAAUUGGAGACUUACGCAAUCUCAGAAUUAGAUGUGAACGAGAAAUUGAAGAGAUGAAGAAAGAAAAGAUUAGUGUCGAUGGCCUAACAUUUGAUUAUUUGCUUCGGAAAAAUAUUGGUUUCCUCAGCAGAUUGAAUCAUAAUGAAGAAAUCCAUCAUCUUUUGGAAACGGAAAUUUAUGAUAAGAAAUUUCCAUUAUAUAUACAUAUCGUUAAAAAUCGAUUUAAGAAAGCAAGAAAUUUAUGUAAACGAUAUGUAUUGAAUGAUAAAGUUAGAGAUUUUUUCAAGUCGAAUGUUAGUGAUAAAUUGGUUGAUGAAUGUAUAGAUAUGGUAUUAAGGUAUUUUAAGAUUACGGAAUUAGAAACAUUAAUUGAAAGUAUGGAACCAUCGAAUGACUAA